GACGUCAUUCCCCGAGCCCUCGUGCAACACAUAAGCCGACAACACGGCGAAGCUGUGUACAGCAUGUACAGCUACACUCGGUGUGUGGACGGUUAACACGACACGCAUCCAGCUGCUGUGUGCUCCUCUGCAGCUGGGGGCAGCAAAAGAGGAGGAAAUGAGGUGAAAUGUGCGAUGCUGAGGAGAGGUUGAAAGAAAACCAGACGUCAGCAAGGAAGGAGAGAAAAACGAGUAGUGAAUGCCGGGACAUGCAAACGGUGGUCCGGAGCCCAGCGUAAUGUGUGUUCAUUCCGUCCACAUUCAUUGUGAAAAACAAAACGUUUUGUUUCCCUGUGUGAGUAAGGACAGCUGACCAGUUGGUGGUUGCAUCUUCAAGGAGUUAUCACACGGUCUGCGUGCACAAACAUUGUGACUAUGGGACACCUAUGGACGAGGUUGUUCCGUCAUAGAGAUGUCCGCAUUCUCCUGCUUGGUCUUGACUCAGCAGGAAAAACUACUAUUCUUUACAGACUGAAGCUGGAUGAAGUUGUUACCACUGUGCCUACCAUUGGUUUCAAUGUGGAGAGUAUUCAGUACAGGGAUCUGCAUUUCACAGCAUGGGACAUAGGGAGUCGAGACAAAAUAAGACCUCUUUUCCGACAUUACUACAAAGGUGCGGAUGCUGUUGUCUUCGUGAUCGAUAGUCAUGAUCCUGAGCGUCUUGAUGAGCUCAACUAUGAUGUCAUCAAGCCAGCGAUCAGUGCUGAGGAGCUCAGUAGCGCCAUAUUUCUCUUCCUGGCCAACAAGAUUGAUCUCAGCAACACACUGUCUGUAAAGGACAUCUCUGAGAGACUGGGCCUUCAAUAUCUGAAGCACACAUGGAACAUCAUGCCUGUGAGUGCCGUGACUGGGGAAGGGCUCUAUCAGGCUCUUGACUGGUUGUGUCUAAAACUGGGUUCAACACAAGCCCGCCGAGCCAUUGCUGCACCUGCAGAGGAGGAGAAUGCACAGAAUGGUGAAACCAGUAAAAACGAGACAGAGACUGCUGCACCUGAAACUGUAGAUCUGCAAGCGAGGAGGGAUUAUUGUUCAAGGGCUUACAGUGCAAUUAAGUGUUUUUUCUUCCGAUCAAACAGACAAGGUGGGCAAGAAUCUCCUGACACACUCAGCACAAGCAGUCAGGAAAAACAAUGAAUUGUCAGCCUUGGUACUUUUGUGUAGUAACCUGUGGUGCUUAGAAAGGUCAGCUUUUCAUUAUGAUAAAAGCACUUGCUACUUGGGUUAACAUUCCUGAAAGUUUUUGACAAAAGUUUGCUGACAAAAGUUCACCAGUUCUCAUAUUUGGCCUCAGUCUGCCUGCCACCCAAAAAUAGUAAUAACCCAGUCUUCAUUUCUAGACCAAGACCUCUUUCCCCGUAUAGAAGCUAAGUUUAAUUUUUUUUAAACUUACGUCUUUUAAAUUUUAAAAAGAAAAGACAUUGGAAAGAAAGGCCUGCUGUUGAAGCAGAGGAUGUUUGGAAAGAGAGAAGGGUUAAUGCUUCACUCACAUUACGCAAAAGUGUGUGUAUUUGGUUGCUGGUGAUGGAGAGAGAACUUUUGAAGAGUUUUAAAAAUUGUUGCAAAGGUGUUGUGAUGACAGAUGUGUCCACCCUGUGAGUGAGCAACCACCAUUGAGGCCCUGAACUAAAAGCCAGUUUUCUUAUCUUGACUGAUUCCCAACAUCUGCCGUUAUCUUCAGACACUUUUUCCAAGCACACAGAUCACUGGAAUAAAUGAUGGUUGAUCAGGCUACUGACAUAAAAGAGUCUGAUAUGUCGUUUGUGUAUUGGGCAUUUUACAUCCCAGAUUUUCAUCUUUUUUAAGUUUACAGAUCCUUCCACCAUUUUUCAUUGUUUGCUUCUAGUGUAAAACGUGCAUCUAUUUACUUUUCCAAAAUCCUGUGUGAGCUCCAGUUGGUGACCAGACUAUAAAUCUGAAUUGCAUAUAUAUUACGCUUGUUUAAUUAUUCUCAAUCACAGAGAAAAGAAACCACCAUAAUAUUCAUACAUGUUCACGUGGGCAUCAGGACAACAUACUCCACUACAAAGCUGUCGGUUCUUCCACCUUUCAACACUCAUUAAGACUUGGGAGCUAUCCUUAACAUUGUUGUUCUUAUUUCAUGUAGCUUUCGAUGUGCUGCAGUUUAUGGUGAAAGCAACCGCAUGCAGAUGUCUUUUCUGCCUUCUCUCUCCUUAUCAAAAGACUUGUCUGCAAAUAGAGUUGGCAGGCAUUUUUUUUUUUAAAUGGUGUUUUUGUUGGUGAGCUCAGUAUGUGUAUGUGUGUGAUGUAUGGAAUACAGAAGCUGCCUUCACUUGUUAGAUUAACAAAUUUUAAUUUUAAAAAAAAUAUGAUCUAUAAAAAGUUUUUAUAUGCCCACUGUACAAAAUAAAUACAUUAUGGCUACUCUUUUAGAGUUUUGUAUCAAAUAGCAAAUUUUAUGUGUACAUACUAUAUCAAGUCAGAAAAAUUGGGGCAUCGGUGGAAGAAAAUGCAGAAUGGAAAAUACUUGCAGCCAUUUUCUGUAACAUUUAGACAUAAAUGGUUGUGCUUGUCUUUCGCUCCUUCCCUCUUUAAAACUAGCAUUAAGGUUGAUGACAAUUGCUAAUACCAGCUCUGUACAAAAAUAGAAAAGUCAUUAUUUUAAUCAGUUAUAUGCUAUUUAGAACUAUGAUAGAUAUGACUGCAUGAGACAGAUUCCAACAUUUCAUGUAAAGAUGGGUUGGUUGUCAGCAGCAAAGCAACAGUACUGAUAACAUCUGAAUUUUUGUUCAAACCAAGUGAAAAUGUUUUGAAGCAGAUAACAGUUAAUUAUAUAAACUUAUUAGUCGUUGUUGCCUGGUCAUGAGCUUCAUUGGCUGAUAAUGCUAGAUUGCAUAAGACUGGCUAGACCUGGCCAGCUUAUAAUGGCUACCUCCAAAUAGCAAUGUGCAUUGUAAACAUGCAUUGAUACUUAACUACCAAAAAAGACUUUCUGUUUGAACUGUGCCGUGUUGACAGAACCUAACCAUGUAAUAUAUUUAUUUCAUGCUCGUUAGAUUUUGCCGCAGGUACAAUUCAACUACUUCAUGUCUCUUCAUGUCUGUGCAUGGCAGAGUUCAGUUCUGUCCUUGCCAUCAUGCUGUAUGGCAACAGAGCUCUGUUCCCAGACUUUGUAGCUUCUGAAACCAAGCUUUUGAUCCCAGGGUUACUUAUACUUAGAUGUUGUUUGUAAUGGCUAGGUUGCAUCUGUUAAAAAUGAACAACUUUUGGCUGCUGUGAUUUUUAUUUAUUGUGUUUCUGCAUGUUGUGUACAUAUUAGUAUGAGAUGUAAUAUAUAUCCCCAGUAACAAACUGGGGUGCAUGUUGGAAAGCAGCAGGUGGCUGAUACUCAACUAUGGAACAGCGCAAGCGACAUUUUUUUAAGAAAAGAAAAAAAAACUACAUAGUUGACUUGUGUGCGUUUUAUGUGCUAUAGUUAAUUAGCAAUUGUUAAAUAUUAGAGUGCUUUCCCCUUAGAGCUGCAUGUGUUGUGCUCAUUUGCACUGUAUUACCUUAUUUAAAAAAAUAAAAUAGAGAAAUAUUUAAGCUCAUUUAAGCGCUUGAUACGAGCUAGCACCUGUAUGUAUGAGUUGUUUAGCCAAAGCGCAUACCUGCCCAGUGGACCAAAAUCUAGAAAAUGGGGCUUCUUGAAGGAAAGGUGUGCCUCAGGUGAAAGAUACCUCAAACCCAUCAGUUAAUUUCCCUCCUGCAGUGACAUUAUAUAGCAGCGGCAAAUUAGUGGAUUGUAUGUGCUGACACUGACUUUUGAAAAUCAAUUCUUUCAUGGCCAUUGCAAGCUAUUCACUAUGACAGAUCCUAAUACAAUAACAGUUCUUGUUUCUAUUUAUCCUUUGUUUUUGAAAUCAGUUGAAUGCUGUGCACUACCACCACACUGAAGUAAAGUUUGUACAAGUCUGAA